AUGGCGACCGGUGAGAGGCGAUCAAAUCUCAGGUUGCUCAGGACGUCAUUGAUUCUGGACCAAGGCGACACACGCACGACUCGCCAUGGAGACUGUCUCAGACUGUGUACUCACAACGCGAGAACAAUUUCCACAGACGCCGACCUGCAUGCCCUUCUCGGAGCUGCAGAGCGUAUCAAAUUUCACGUGAUUGCUCUGCAAGAGACCAAGUGCAGAAGGAGCGACGUACGACAGAUCAAUGACGGUACACUCGUCAUUCGUGGAGAGAAGGAUGAGCUAAAAGAAGUAAUCCGUAACGAGAAGUCCUUCUACAAAUUCGUUGUCGGAGACUUCAACGCAAAACUAGGAAAGGCCACAGAAGAGGAAUACAGGAUUGGAAGAUUUGAACUAGGGGACCGGUAUGAAAAUGGCAAUCGUCUUGCUGGGCUGUUGUCCGCCGCUCGCCUCCUUCAUGGGAACUCUCUUUUCAUGAAAAAAGAUCAUCGUCGGUGGACAUGGGAAUCGCCCAAUGGCGCGACUCGUGCGGAGAUCGACCACAUACUCACCAACCGGAGGUGGUGUCUACUUGACGUCUCAGUAGUACCAUCCUUUUGUAGUGGUUCUGAUCACCGUCUCCUUCGUGCGAAAAUACGUCUUAGCCACAUGAUGGAAAAGAACAUCUGCUAUCAGCAGCGAAGGAGAAAAGAAGUCGUCUACGACGAUUGCGUACUCGAGGACUCCUUGUCCCAAGUCGCGCACGACAAACUUGGAUCGAAUUUCGAGACCACCAAGGAAUUGUUGGAAAGAAGGACUUUGAGGCUUGAUCCGAAUGCAUCGCACAUUGAGCGGCAGAAGAAGAUUCUAGAAGCAGCACAAAGAAGAACGAGUUUAAAGAAGUGCCGCAGGGAUCUCCGCGAAUAUAAUAUUCCGCUAGCAACCUUGCUGAGCGAAGACGGGACUCGCACGUCUUACCGUCGUGAGAUGGAAAUCAUAACGAAGAGGUUCUACUCGAACCUUUUCCGUUCAUCAACUCCUAUGUCAAGCCCGAUCAUCCCCACUGGCGAAGCUCCACCACGGAUUCUCCAUUCGGAAGUACGAGUCGCUAUCAAGAGCAUGAAACCUGGCACAGCCCCCGGACCUGAUUUUAUAUCAGCAGACUUUCUUCGGGCUGGUGGCCAUCCGCUUCAUGCAAUCUUAGCAGCGCACAUGACAUCCUACCUUCAGAAAGAAAGCAUCCCAGACCAGUGGAAGACCUCGCGAACCGCUCUUAUCUAUAAGAAAGGUGACCGAGAGGACCUUCGGAACUACCGUCCGAUAUGCUUGCUGAGCGUGUUAUACAAAGUAUUCACCAAGAUCAUCCUCACCCGCAUAUCUAGGACGCUGGAUGAAGCCCAGCCUCAAGAACAAGCUGGAUUCCGCCAGGGGUUCAGCUGCUUAGACCACAUCCAGACCGUGUCGAGGGUCAUAGAGGUUUGCCGGGAAUACCGCCUGCUCCUUGUUCUAACCUUCGUCGACUAUGAGAAAGCCUUUGACAGCGUAGAAACGAAUGCAAUACUGUCAGCGCUGGUCGAUCAAGCUUUUCCACCGCCCUCUCACCAUACCCAUUGGAAAGGGGUACGACAAGGCGAUACUAUAUCGCCGAAGCUGUUCACAACUGCAUUGCAAUGGAUAAUGAAAUCACUAUCCUGGGAAGAAAGGGGCAUACGUGUUGAUGGAAGAUUUCUUUCGAACCUUCGUUUCGCGGACGACAUCGUUCUCUUUUCGAGCAGUACCAAUGAAGCAGAAACGAUGCUCAACGAAUUGAACGAAGCAGGGAAGAGAAUAGGACUACGAAUAAACAGAAAGAAGACACAGUUCAUGAAGAACGCAUACUGCGAGGACGGACGAGUGCAACUUGAAGGCUCCCAAAUCGUGGAAACUCCGUCAUACGUAUACCUUGGACGUUCAAUGAACAUGGAGAACGACUUGAAGGAAGAACUAAGUAGAAGAAUGAGAGCAGCAUGGGCAGCAUUCGCAGCCGUCAGGGAAGCUACGGACCAACUGACGGACCAAGAUCUUCGUGCCCAUCUGUUCGACUCGACAGUCCUUCCAGCGCUCUGUUACGCAGCGGAGACGUGGGCAGACACCGCGGCCACGUCUAGGAAGCUACUUACCACCCACAGAGCCCUUGAGAGAUGUCUCCUGAAGUUUAACCGGCGCACACAACACCUAGCCGGUCUUCGUAGCUCCGACUUAAGAGGAAUGUCCCGUCUUCGCGACCCAGCGGAAUAUGUAUCGAAAGCAAAACAUAGAUGGGCCGGUCACAUCAUGAGAAGAAUCGACGAUAGAUGGACUAAAAGAACGCUAGAGUGGAUCCCAAGGGACGCUAAACGCCCCCGAGGGAGACCGCCAACGAGAUGGGGUGACGUGUUCGCUACACGGAUGGACCAGCUGAGAGUUCAGCUGGAUACGGCUCAAGGACCUCGUCAACGUCACCUACGAAGCUUGAGAACAUCUUGGAUGAUAAUGGCGAGGGAACGAAACGACUGGAAGAGAUGCUGGGGCCCGUACGUCCAGUGA